AUGGUAGAGUUGCAUUCCUCUAUAUCCAUUGGAGUUUAUUCAAGAAGCCUGUAUUUGGUUCCAAAGUCAGCCAUUUCCUCACUUGAAUUCCAUUUGGCGGGGAAGAACAGUUCUAUCAUCCAAUUUGAGAACCCUUUGUUAACUUUCAGCUCUCUUAGAGUUCCAAAGAUCAUACACUCAAUACUUUCACCAUUACUAUUCAAGUUUAAAUUUCCAUGGAAUAUAAAGGUUCCAAACUCAAUCAGAGUACAACUGGUCAACCAAGAGAAACCCAUGAGUGUACAAACGAGAGUGACAAAACUAUCUUCUCCGACUUUGCAAGUCCUAUCUCAAAUAUUCAAACAAAGUCCAUCACCGGACAUUGUUACAUACACGACGUUCAUCAAAUUUCUCGGUGACUCCGGUUAUGCUACCGAAGCCCACCAGCUGUUUACACUCAUGAGAGAAUCCCAUGAGCCUGAUACAAUUUUAUUUACAGUUUUAAUACAAAUUCUAUGCAAUUCCAAAAUGUACGGCCAAGCUCUGGAUGUGUUUCAUGAAAUGUCUUGCCACAACUGCAAACCGGACCUGUUCUGCUACAAUGUGUUGAUCAACAAGCUUGGCGAAAUGGGUCAAGAAGACGCUCUAUGGAAACUUUUCUCCAAGAUGCAGUUAGAAGGUAUUUAUCCCGACGUUGUCACGUAUAGCGCGGUAGUGAAAUCUUUGUGUCUAUCAGAAAAUUUUAAUGAAGCAUUCAGGGUUUUGGAGUGCAUGGAAAUGAAGAAAUCCGUUGAACCACCGAAUACGUACACAUACAAUACAAUAAUCAAAGCGUUUUUGGACCGAAAACAAAUAAAAGAAGCUCUAGGAGUUGUUGGGAGGAUGCAUAUUCUUGGGUUGGAACCAGAUUCAAUUAGCUUCAACUUAUUCAUCAAGUACUACAGUGAUUUGGGUGAAGGGCAGGAGGCUUAUUCUUUAUUGAGAUUUAUGAUUACAACAGGAAUUGAAAUCAAUGAGGCUAGUUAUGUAACAUGUCUCAAUGGACUAAUGAAGCAAGGACAAAGUAAUGAAGUCCUGGAGUUAGUCGAGUACAUACGACAGUCGAACAUUGUAAUCAACAUUCGUGCCUGGAACAAGUUGAUUUAUUGGUUUAGUAAACGGGAUCAACUCGAAGAUGGAUACGGAAUUUUCUUACGGUUAAGAAACCCGAACGAAAUCACCAUGAACACUGUGAUUCAGAUGUUGUAUAAACAUGGAAAAAGUGAGAGAGCUUGGGAGGUUCUUAAGUUGAUGAACGAGAAGAAAAUUGAGGCCUCAGUGGUGACAUACAAUAUACUCUUACAUGGGCUGUGUGAACAGGGAAUGGUUACAAGGGGAUUUAAGAUUGUGUUGGAAAUGAUAGUAAAGGGAUUGAAACCAGAUUUAAUUACUUAUAAUACACUGAUCAACGGCUUGAUUAAAGCCGGUCGGACGGAAGAUGCUUCCAACUUGUUUGAAAUCAUGAGAGGGAGAUUCACCGUCAGUGGUUCUGAUUCUUUAGAGAAAUUUGUCAAGGAAAUGCUUAUAAAAGAAAAGUUGCACUAA